AAACACUUUAUCGCGGGACAGUUUAUUGCAUGACAGUUCAUCACCAACACUUAAUCGUAUGCUACUUCAUCAUCUAAAAAUUUCAUCGCGCAACAAUAGUAGUCUUGUAAGAUACUUUAUUGCGACAGUUACUUCAUCACGAUCAUUUUAUCGUGCGAAAACUCAUUGUUUUAUUAUUACAGUUAUUUCAUCGCGUGAAAUAUUAUGAAUUUGAAGAGAUUCACAGGAUGUAAUUGUAGAACUACGAGGUGUGGCUAUUAAAUAACGAGACUUCUCGCCUAGAGGGCGCCCUAGAUGGGUAGUGAAAAAAACGAGUAAUGCGUUGGGUAUCUAGAUCUCUUAUCUAUGCACAUACCAAAACAUGUUUUCGUCACUAUUAUAGUAUUUGUGCUGUAGUGGUUUGAAAGGAACGUGUUUUUUUCUCGACGGCUUUUGGUACACACUGCUUUUUGUCCUCGUUGCAUAGUUAGUCAAAUUUCUCGUUAAAUUGAAAAAAACUCCGACCAAGUGCUAUAAUUUGUUGCAAGAGGCCUAUGGAGGCAAUUCUCUAUCUCGUGAACGUGUUUUUGAGUGGUAAAAGCGCUUCAGUGAGGGCCGAGAGAGCACUGAAGAUGACCAGCGCCCAGGUCGCCCUGUCACUGUUUCAACUCCGGAAACAGUGACCAAAAUCAACCAAAUUGUGCGUGCAGAUCGUCGAAUGAGCAUCCGGAUGNUUGCCGAGACUGUAAACGCCGAUAAAGAAACGUUUAGAAAAAUUUUACAUGAGGAAUUACAUAUGACAAAAGUCUGUGCGAAGUUGGUGCCAAAAAACCUGACUCCUGACCAAAAGUUCUUGAGUCAACAGGUCUGUUCAGAUUUCCUUGAAAAGUUAAAAGAAGAUCCCGGACUGAUGAAAAAUAUUAUAACUUGCGACGAAACAUGAAUUUUUCAAUACGAUGUUGAAACAAAGCGACAAUCGAUGCAUUGAAAGACACCUGAAUCGCCCAGAAUCAAAAAAGCAAGGAUGUCCAAAUCAAAAUUUAAGGCAAUGUUGAUCGUUUUUUUUGACAUUAACGGUAUCGUGAUGACUGAAUGGGUUCCAGAGGGUCAGACUGUCAACCAGAUUUACUAUUUAUCAGUUUUGGCAACACUGCGAGAAAGAGUUCGUAAGAAACGGCCCGAGUUGUGGAAGAACAACUCGUGGAUUUUGCACCAGGACAACGCACCUGCCCAUAACGCGCUAUCUGUGAAGCAGUAUUUGGCCGGUAAGCGCACUCCAGUGCUCGAACACGCGCCGUACUCGCCAGANUGCUCGAACACGGGCCGUACUCGCCAGAUUUGGCACCGUGUGACUUUUUUUUGUAUCCAAAGAUAA